AUAACGUUCACUAAUGAGUAAUUGAAGAUUCCAAUUAUAGUAUGUACGCAACCGAUGCGCACAUGAUUAUCGCAACUUUUGUCAACAGAUUUUUACAUAAAAUUUUAAAAGUCUUACACGAAACCGCGUAUAAUAGACUCUUUGCGCAGCCGAUUUACAUGUCAGCAAGUUUCAAAUAUACGUGCGCAACGGCAUGACGACCAAUAAUCUUUUUAUUUUAUUAUUAAUAAAUUGUCCGCACUCAGUGGACGCGAGGAAAAAGUCCUUGUCACCAACCGCGCUUAUGCACAAGGGCUGAACCCAUAAAGUCGCAUCGUCAGCAGCCGAGAUAGCGCAAAAUAACACAAGGGCAAAGGAAAACUUUGCAAAUCUCGACCGAGAUAAAGCUUGUGCAUCAUUGUCCCUCUUCGACGACCGUCUUUUCCACACUCGGGAAAGAUAUGCAACCGCAGGGAACGAGAGGAGUGGUAGGGAGCCGCCUUGAAAUUUAUGCCCCUCAGUGACUCGCUCGAUUUUCACAAUUGUUAUGACGCUGCUGUUUUCAGUCUCUCUCUCUCUCUCCCUCUCUCUCUCUCUCUCUCUCUCUCUCUCUCUCGCCGUGAUUACAUUGUCUCGAUUGAUUUUCCACACUCGGUAUAGGUAGGCAGUAGAUAAUAAAAUGUAUAACCUUUCUCAUCGGCGAGCACGGGAGUGCGCGCCAUCGGUCGUUUACACAGACACUUGAUGCUCGCGUGUCUCGAGAGACGCACCUUAGAGUUGACGAGACAGCGGCGGGACAAGCAUGCAAGGAUCGAGCUUCCACGCGCGCUGAUAUCCUGCGCAAACGAACGGGGUUGUUCAAAGGACAGAUUGUUUUUGCUUCGAAUUGUAAUCGCGGCAGCUGUGAUUUUUCAAGGAUAAGGACGUCGAUGCGAAGCUUGCAGUAUGUCGUCGAUGAAAUAUUGUUGCUCGCGGUUAUCCCAAAAAUGGGUCCUCGCGACGAUGAGCUUCUUCUCGGUGUUCUGUGCAUUCUCGAUGCGCAUGUGUCUGCCGCUGACGAUCCCGAAAAUGGUAAAACACGCCAAGCAUAUAUCAAGGUCGAUACUGCAAGCCGACGACACCUGUCCCGGUCCCACUUAUAAUGCGACUCUUCAGCAUCACGAGAUGCGCAACACCACCGGCACUUACGACUGGAGCGAGUACACGCAGGGCAUAAUCCUGGGCUCGUUCUACUGGGGCUACGUUCUGAGCCACGUGCCCGGCGGCAUAAUAGCCGAGCGAUUCGGCGGCAAGCACGCCCUCGGGGUGGGUAUCUUCACCACGGCUCUCUUCACCCUCCUCACCCCGUGGGCCAUCGACUGGGGCGGCGCGACAGCCCUGAUCUUCCUGCGCGUGGUCAUGGGUCUCUGCGAGGGCGUAACUCAGCCGGCGGUCUCGGCGUUGCUAUCCCAGUGGAUACCAGCUGAAGAACGUUCCAAGAUCUCGUCGUUCGUGUUCAUGGGCGCGACCGUCGGCAUACUGGCCACGUCCCUUGGCCUCAGCCCCAUCAUGGAGCACCUGGGCUGGCCCGGCUUCUACUACAUCUUCGGUGGACUCGGGGUCGUCUGGUACGUUCUCUGGUGCGUCCUCUGCUACAGCAGUCCCAGGGACCAUCCCUUCAUCUCCAAGGAGGAGGCCAAGAUGCUGAACGAGAAGCUGAGCCAGCACACCCACGCUGACCCGCCGCCGGUGCCCUGGAGGCAUCUGCUCACCUCGGCUCCGUUCUGGGCUCUGGUGAUCGUCACCAUCGGUCGCGACUGGAACGGAUACACCAUGAUGGCCGACAUGCCGAAAUUCCUCAUCAGUGUGCUCAAGUUCUCGGAAAGCGAGGUCGGUCUGCUGUUCUUGUCGAUGAACAUAUCGAUGCUGAUAUCGUGCAGCCUCUUCUCCUGGAUGUCCGACUGGCUCAUCGAGAAGAAUUACAUGUCCAUCACGAACGUGCGGAAACUCAUGGCGAGCAUAAGCUUGACCGUUCACGGAGUCUUCGGUGUGGUCUCGGUUUACGUCGGCUGCAACAAGUUCCAGUACUUCGCGGUGUCGUUCGUGUCAACCUUCACCUCGGGGGCUGGUUUUCCCGGUGUCAAAGCGAACGUCCUCGACCUCAGCCCGAACUACGCCGGUACCGUGAUGGCGGUUAGCCAUGGACUCGCAGGUCUGUGUGGUUUCGGUGGUCCAUACAUGGUGGGGAUUCUGGUACCGAAUCAAACGUUGACCGAGUGGAUACUCGUGUUCUGGAUCAUCUUCACUGUGACCGUAGUCACGAACGUCGUCUUCGUACUGUUCGGCAGUGGCGAAGUUCAGGAAUGGAACGACCCUAACUUCGAGAGAAGCAAGAAGAAGAGCAAGAUGAUCGAGAUGAAGGAGGUUGAGAAACUAUUGACCGUUAAGAAAGUUCAACUCGCUGUGGCGAUUGACGAGGGAAUCAAUCCGUGUUGAACGUUCAUUCCCGAAAAUCAUGAAAUUGAUUCGAGAAAUAGGCUUGAACAGCUAUAGGGUAUUACAGCUGAUUCCAAUUUGUAGGCGACGAUGAUGAAAGAUAGCGCGAGUUGGAACUGCUAUAAGGAAAUAAUAUAAGGAAGCCGAAAGUUCCACUAGCUCAAAAAUCGACGAUAAAUAAUGAAUCGCGAUAUGCUUCAUUCGAUGUUAAUACAAAUGAUUGACUGGCGUUUUUAAUUGAGAUAUUUCAAAAUUAUUUUUCUCACGUGUGUAUUAAAUUUAUUUAUAGUCUUCUCAACGAUACAGAUCUAUUACGUUUUUUUAUAAAGCUAAAUAUAUAUAUGGGACUAUUUUAUUAAAAUGCUGAAUCAUCGGACGGGCACUUCUGUAUUUGAAUAAUAAUGUCACCAAUUUGCAACCGUGGAUGCUUACUAACAACUAAGCAUUUUAGUACAAUACUCCCAGCCAUACAUAUAGUUGUACGUGAUAAUAUAUACUUAACAUAUCGAUCAUACUUAUUGAGGAAUGGAAGACAAUGUGAUUACAGUAUCGAUUUUUACCAGCGAAAUGUUUGCUCCAUCGAUAUGCAAAUUCAUCUUUGCUGACAUUUUAUAUAAUUUUUUACAUGUGCGAAAUGCGGUAUUGUCUUAAUUUGGCUGUAGGUAAUCGAAAUGCGCUCGAAUUUUUUAAAAGAAGAAAAAGACAAAUCAUAUCGUACGUCUUAAAUAUUAAUUGUACAUAUUUGUAAACACUGAAAUUUUAACAUACGUAAACAUAAAACUCUCAGUGUACAUCAUCCAUAAAUAAUAAUAACUAGAAAAAUACGCACCUAUGUGUACACUAAAGCUAAGAAAAAUACUCAAUGUAAUUAUCAUAACAAAAAUAAUAAUAAUGAUAAUAACAAUAAUUGAACCAA